AUGCAUGAACCAAUUACCAACCUCUUCUCUUCUCAACCCACUGAGGCUGAGAGAAUGAUUCAUGAUGAAGAACCAAAUGAUGAUGAGAUCAUGGUAUCCUUUGUUGAUCUUCAAUUCAAUCCUGGGGAGGAAAAUGUUCCUGAAGACUUAAUUAUGUCAGGUAAACAUUUCAAAAUUUUCAACUCCAAAAUAAAUUCUCUUCUUCAAUUACAAGAAGAUAUUGAGGGAAGGAAUUUUGUGACCAGGGUCGAGAUGGAAUAUUUGUUGAAAUCUCAAGAGAAUCGCUUUCGAAGCUUGGUUGAAAGCAUUGAGCAGAAAUAA